AUGUGGAGGGCUCUAUCAGGCUGGUCGGGUGCUAGACAGCCUGGGAACAGACAAGGCUCAGCUGCCGAAUCCCCAGCGCCCCCAUACGGUCCUUUACUGUUGGAGAUUGAUAAUACCGAACUUGAAAGAUCCGAGGAAUGCCCCCAAAUUACAUUCUGUGAGUAUGUCAGUUCAUACACAUGGCUAGGCCGAGCCACGCCAUCGAUUCUGGUACCCGAAAUCACUCUGCAAGGCGAACCGCCUAUUUGGAGCCCCGCAACUGAAGGCCGCCAGCUAAAACCGGAUCGGGGGGAGUACUUUCGCGACCCUAAUGCGGCCAGGUAUCCUUCUUAUCCUACUUUCGGAAACCUCGUCCGGUUCGCUCGAGGCGUGGACAAAGACUUCAGGUUCAUAAUGGAAACGGCUGGAGAUAGCGUAUGCUUCAUCCGAAGGGAGAAUUCGCCCACAGAUCUGAUCCCAGAUGUCCGUGGUUACGGUCAUACAUUCCUUGAUGAAUAUACAAUGUGGGGACCGGGACUUGCUGGUUCCGAAUCACACCAGCGAAUAAUCAAGUAUACCUUUGGAGGCCUAGACCUUCUCCUUCGAUUUGAAUCAGAUGGUUAUGUUCCAAAGCAGUCCCCGGAGAUGCCAUCCAGUAACCUACAGGCAAGCAGGGACAUCUCGACUGGGGAUGUAGACUCCGAUAUUGAUGGCUUGAUAGCAAGGCUUCAAGAAGACCACAGUCCUGAUCCUGUUGAACACCCCGGAAAACUUACGAUUCAGGAAGCUGGGCGACGGGUCGACCAGCGCGAUAUCAUUGAUAUUAAGACUCGGUCAAUGGUUGACUUCAAGACAAAGGCCAUCAAAAAAGAAAUUGAUAUGACCGACCUAACCCCUCGUCUGUGGGUAUCCCAGAUCCCGACCCUUAUCGUGGCCUAUCACAACCGCGGCCUGUUUGAGGAGAUCCGAGUACAGGACAUGCGAGACAUAAUCAUUCGGUGGGAACGAGAAAAUGAAGAAAUGCUGAGACGGGUGGCUUGGCUGCUCCACGAGCUGGUACAUUAUGCAAAAAGUUCAAUGACUAGUCUGGAAGUGUGUCGGUCUGGUGCAGGCCCUAUCCAAAUACGACGAGUCACGGGUGAUAGUCCUAUGGCUCUAGCGCCGGAAAUGAAAGCGAAGUUGACAGGAAGAGUCAGUCCGGACGUAUCCAACCACAGAUGCAUUUCAUCGUGUGACGAUAACUUUUCUGACCGACGGCUUGGCUUCGAUAGUUCAGAUCCGAAGUCUGAGUAUGAUGCGAGGGACUAG